AAUGCCACCUCCUUCUAAUAGCCAUGUCAGAGGUGGAAUAGCAACAAAUCCGAUUAUUAUUUUUACAAAAAUGGUGUCAACAUUGUUAUUGAUAAUACCCUUAAUGAGUGAAUAUACGUUGGGUAUUGAAGUUUUCACAAAUCAUUUUCUUGUACAUUUAAACGAACCUGGAAUUCACAACGCACACAAAGUUGCUAAACGUAAUGGAUUUAUUAAUCGAGGACCUCUUCUCGGCUCUGAUUCAGAAUAUCAUUUUGUCCAACCCGCACUUUCUCAUGCUAGAACUCGACGUUCAAUAGGCCACCAUACUAAAUUGGCACGCGAUCCUCACAUCAAAUAUGUGGAACAAAUGACUGGUUAUAAACGACUCAAACGUGGUUAUCGUCCAUUAGCUGACAGACUUCAAGAGCAAUUGGAUUUUACUGCAGUUCACUCCCCUUCUGAUCCACUAUAUCAAUACCAAUGGUACCUGAAAAACGACGGUCAAUCCCAAGGCAAACCCCGGUUGGAUUUGAACGUAGAAAAGGCUUGGGCGCUUGGAUAUACAGGCAAAAACAUAACUACAGCAAUAAUGGAUGAUGGAGUUGAUUAUAUGCAUCCGGACUUGAAAUUAAAUUUUAAUGCUGAAGCGAGCUACGAUUUUAGUUCUAAUGAUCCCUAUCCAUAUCCACGUUAUACCGAUGAUUGGUUUAAUUCGCACGGUACACGUUGUGCAGGUGAAAUUUCUGCAGCUAGAGAUAAUGGAGUUUGCGGGGUCGGUGUUGCUUAUGACAGUAAAGUUGCCGGUAUACGAAUGCUUGACCAGCCAUACAUGACUGAUUUAAUAGAGGCUAACUCUAUGGGACACGAACCAAACAAAAUACACAUUUACUCGGCAAGUUGGGGACCGACAGAUGAUGGAAAGACUGUUGAUGGACCGAGAAAUGCUACAAUGCGGUGA